GCGCCGGAGCAGAACCGCUCUGACGUGCCUUUAUGAGUCGUUUUUUAAAAAAAAAACUCCUUUUGGGCUUUCACGCCGCUCAUCAGAGGAGAACGUGAGGUUUUCACACUCUUCUCUCCCCCCCUCCUCCUCCUCCUCCUCAUCUCUCUUCCACUGGUGAGCCAGGCAGCAGAACAGGCUGAACAAAGCCAUGAGAGGAGAGGAGAGGAGAGAGAGGGAGAGGAGCUUCUGCGAAGAAAUGUCUUUCACUGACUCUGUCGCCUGGACAACCGGCAGAGUGCGGAGCAGAUGAAUUUGAAGUUGCCCACAGUACAAGUGGACCCAGAAGGCCUGAACACUCCACCUGUAAUUCUUAUCUAAUCAGCCUCAGGUGCCAGCAUGGACAUGGACGAUGAGCCGUUGCUGUUUCAGACCAGCUGGGGAGGAGAGGAGGAAGAGGAGGAGGAGGAGGAGAAGGAGGAGGAGGAUGGAGAAGCUCAGGCAGCAGGACAGGGCUGUUUGUCCGGGGACGCAGGAGUGUGUGGGGUGUGGAGGAUGGUGGGGUGGAUUUACACGCAACCCUUGGCCAGUGGACUGGUUUUGGGAGUAGCCGUCCUGCUGCCAUGUGCCCUAUUUGCCUACAUGCUCCUCUACUGCCCUCCUCUGGACAUAGACCUCUCCUACAGUGCCUUUGAGGUUCACAGUCACUUUUCAGCCGAGCGCUUUGACGCCCUCACCAUUGCCGUGAAGACUCAGCUGGGGUCGUGGGACAGACGUCGGCGAGACCUGGACAUCGGUGAGUCUGAGGCCUUGCAGGAGCUUCUGCUGGAGAAGCUAGGCAGACAGAUGGUGUUCAACAGGACAGACAGUGAGGACACAAGGUCCUCCACUCCCCGAAAUGACCCUUCACAAGCAGGAGAUAACCAGACCCGAGGAGCUGCAGUGAGCACAGAUAAAAAGAAAGUGACUGAUUUGGGUCUGGAGGAAAUGGAGAAGCACAAACGCUCUAAUCAAAGAGCAGAGGAGAGAUCUGUGGAGAGAAAUGGGACUGAGUCGCUCAUUAGGAGGCGCAGGUUUGCUCCCAAUUACUACCUUCAGAGUCAGGCUCUGUGGAGGAUCGAGCUGGUGUUUGUAGCUCAGGGGGAGGGCGAUCGCAAUAUCUUCACCCCGGAACGUCUGCAGACGGUUCACCGUGUGGAGCGACUGCUCAUGCAGCACCCUCAGUUCCAUCAGUUCUGCUGGAAGCCUCUGGAGCUGCUGAGGGAUCUGCCUCUGGGACCGUCCUACUGCUCCCCACCCAGCUCCCUCCUGUCCUACCUCUACCCCAGUGAGCGAGGAGGCAAGAUCUACUACGAUGGCAUGGGCCCAGACCUGGCUGACGUCCAAGGUUCUCUGAGUCUGGCCAUCACCCACCCACAGUUUUACUGGUACGUGGAUGAGAGUCUGUCCCCAGAGUGUCUCUCCUCCUCCCUCCUGCGCAGUGAGAUCCACUUUGGUGCUCCACUGCCUUCCUACUAUUCCCUGCAGGACCGCACUGACGAGCAGAGAACACGCUUCAAAAACUUUGUGGUCCAGUACGCAGACAUCCUGUCCAAGCAGUCCACCAGUCAGGUGAAGGUGCUGUAUGGAGGCACGGAGCUGUUUGACGACGAGGUGAGGAACAUCUUCUACAACGACAUGAUGUUGGCCGUCAUCAGUGGAGGCUGCAUCACUGUGCUCGUCUUUGUUCUCACCUCCUUCUCCGUCUUUCUGACUUUCUUCGGACUGGCCAGCAUCGGACUAAGUUGCCUGAUGGCACUUUUCUUAUACCACGUUGUUUUUGGUGUGAGAUAUCUGGGCAUUCUCAACGGAGUGGCAGCUUUUGUCAUUAUCGGCAUUGGGGUGGACGAUGUAUUUGUGUUCAUCAGCACCUUCAGACAGGCCUCUCACCUGCGUCAGCCGCAGCAGAGGAUGAUUUACACCAUAAAAACUGCCGGCCGAGCCACUUUCCUCACCUCCUUCACUACUGCGGCUGCCUACGCUGCCAACACCUUCUCUCAGAUUCCAGCCGUGCAUGACUUUGGCCUCUUCAUGGCGCUCAUCGUCAGUUGCUGCUGGCUGUGGGUGUCCGUCCUGAUGCCGGCCGCUCUGUGUAUCUGGGCUCGGCAUGUGCAGCCACGUGAACAGGCCUGGUUGAAGUGCUGGAGGUUGUUCCCGUGCCUGUCAGUGAGCCAGAGUCCUUUGUCAGAUGAGGAUGAUGAUGUGGCACUUCUGUCGGUGGAGCUGGAGCCAUGUUCCUGUGACACAGAUGGUGACGCAGCUGUUCUGUCCCUGUCUGUGGAGACACCGCUGUCCCCUUCAGGACAGCAGCACGUGGGUGUGGUGAGCACGAAUCUCCAGUGGGCCCUGAAGAACUUAGUGGCAGAGCCAGCUGUGGAGCGACGUAAAGUCGUCUUAGGUGUCUUCCUCCUGGUUCUGCUCUUAUCUGCCGGCUGCUGCUGUCUCCUGAGGCCGGCCACUCACGCUCCUCUGCUGUUCCGCCGGGACACAAACCUCCAGACUCUGCUGGCUCUGAGAAGCAACCUCAGUGGUCAAGGCAUCUCCUGCCCCAUGUGCUCAGGUGUAUUCCUGGAGAAGCCCCACUCUUUAUACAGCCACACUUCGGUGUCAGGUUUUAAGUUUUCUACACGAAAGCAAGGUCCGAGCUCGAUGACGUCACACGCUAAAGUGAAUUCAGGUACCAACCAAACAGGCUCUCUGCUGACAGUGCACAUCUCAAAACUGGACCUCGGAGCCUCAACAACCCUCUAUCGCUUCUCCCUCAACACCAGCGUUCCCUCGCCAUGGAAACUAUGCAGCGCAGAGCCCAAAGAAGUGUCAUCGUUCCAGGCUUAUAAUCAGCCCCAGAGCAAUUACACCAGCAGAAUGACAGUGUGUGUUUCCCAUGUGUACCACCCGUACCCCAGCUGGAUGAUCACAUCUGGCUCAUGCGAGUCCCGUCAUGGCUGGACGCCAGAGUUUUCCUUUUAUGUAGCAGGGACUCCACAACAGACGCACAGCAGGAGGCUGUUCUUUGCACAGCAGCGUCUCAGACCUCAUCCCAGCCGCGUGUGUGUCAACCCGCCUGGCUGCGGCAUCAGCUCUGGGCCUGAUGGACCCACACAGGGAGUCUUUUAUUCUCCUCUCUCCACUGGUUCCUCAUCUGCUGCCAAAACGAACCCAUCCAAAACGUUUGGCUUCAACCCCUGCAGCGGCGGCGUGUGCGGCCGCCCGGCGGUGCGUCCCCUGGUCGACACCGGGGCCAUGGUUUUUGUCGUGUUUGGAAUCCUGGGAGUGAACCGCACUGAGCACAGGGACAACCACGUGAUUGGAGAUAUGGGCAGCAUCAUAUUGGACCCAGACUUUGACAUUUUCCAGGAAAUGGGAUAUCUCUGCAAAAUCUGUAAAGCCAUUAGUGCAAACACGCAACUUGUGAAACGAGGAGGAGCUCAGUGUCUGCCUUCAGGCCACAAACUGUCAUCUAUUCUGCCUCUGCUUCAUCCUGAGUGUCACUCUCUCCCUGAACCAAACCUGCUCCCGGGGCAGCUCUCACACGGAGCAGUGGGGAUGAUUGGAGGAAAGGUUCGCUGGCUGUCCAUGGCCUUUGAGUCUACCACGUACAAGGGGAAAUCCUCCUUUCAGACAUAUUCCGACUUCCUCCAGUGGGAAAACUUUGUCCAGGAGCAACUGGCCAAACUCCCACAAUCCUCUGCUCUGCAGCGAGGUUUCCAGACCUGCGAGCACUGGAAGCAGAUCUUCAUGGAAAUUAUAGGUGUGGAGAGCGCCCUCUGGAGUCUACUUCUGUCUCUGGUCAUCUGUGUGGCAGCUGUGUCUGUGUUUACUGCACAUCUUCUCCUGCUGUUACCAGUUCUUAUUACCAUUCUAGGAGUGAUCUGCCUGGUGGUGGCGCUCAUGUACUGGCUGGGUUGGGAAAUGGGAGCAGUGGAGGCGAUUUCUCUGUCCAUCCUGGUGGGAUCAUCAGUGGAUUACUGUCUGCACCUGGUGGAAGGAUACCUGCUGGCCGGGGAGACCAUGCCCUCUACGCCUGCUCAUAACUCGCCUGCAGCGGAGAGGCGGGGCCGGACCCUGGAGGCGGUGAACCAUGUGGGCGUUGCCAUAGUGUCCAGCGCCGUCACCACGGUGAUCUCCACGGUCCCUCUCUUCUUCUGUGUCAUUGUGCCUUUCGCCAAGUUUGGCCAGAUCGUGGCCAUAAACACAGCCGUGUCCAUUUUCUUCACCCUGACCGUGACGGUUGCCAUGUUGGCGUGCAUGGCCCCCUCCCGCUUCAGCCGCCCCCCCGCCGCCGUGCUGAAGGCCAGCCUGGCCGUAAUGGCCGGCGCAGCCUUGGUAGCGGUGCUGUGUUGGGUGGGAGGUCAGCUGGGAGCGUUGGCCUGGCGAUCGAUCAACGCGUAAACAAAAACAAGUCCUGUCCACCUCGUGCGCACACACACACACACACACACACACACUGAUGUCAGGCAGAAGGAGUUUCUCUGGGUGCAAAAAAAAUUAAACAGAAGUGAAAUCUCUUUUCUGUUUUCCCUGAAGGAAAUGAUCCCGUACCUUACAGCACAAAGAUGUCAGAAUCACCUCUGUAGUUAGAAGCAGUUUGUCAUCACAAAAAGACAUUUUUAUUACCUGUUGUCCAUCAUUACAUUGUCAAGUAUUGAGAAUUUAAGAAAAAAAAAAAAUAACCUCACUUGCUGAGAAUGUCUUGUAAAAAACGUUGUGUUUGUGACUCAGGAGCAGGUCGACCUCUCUGAUGAUUCAGUCCGAGGCGUCGCCCUCCGCUUCACAAGUGCAGGUGAUUGAGUCAUCGUUGAGAAACACUCGCUGAGUCAUGUUUUUUUUCUCUUCUCUUCAUUAGUGUAACUUACUGAGUUGUGACGAUGCUAUACUGACUGUUCUGUGACCUGCUGUUUGUGAAGAGCGGAUGCUGUGAGCUCUGACGUCCGUGAAAGAUUAGUGUUCAAAUGAUUCAUGGCCGCCUUAUUUUUCUAUUACUCUCUUUGCUUUUUUUCAGUAUUUGCAUUGAAUGUGAUUUGUAACACAGUUUAUGGACAAUUUAAAAAAUGGUCUCGGCCCAGUUUUUUGCACAGUUUUGUGUUGUGUGAUGUAAACGUGUCCGUGUGCUGCUGCUGCUGCUGCUGCUGCUCUCACACACACACACACACACACACACAAAGCACACACACUCUGAAGAACUGACAUCUCAGAUCUCCAAACUGCUUCAAGGUCUUGUUAUCCUGCCGUCUGCUCUGCUCCUCAGGUGGUGCACCCUCUACGUGCCCUCCACCGCACUCAGCAGCUACUUACUAUAACCCCCCCCCACCCCCCUUUACGAUUUAUAGUACCACUCAAACCCCCAUCGCUCCAGUCCGGCCUGCGUCGAGGGCUAUUUGUCAAAACUGCAAAACACAAUCAUGGUUACAGAGAUGGCACACAAUCGAGUGCGAUAAGCGUAGUAAAUGUCUCUUUUUGUAUGUGUGUUUCUUUGGAUUGUAAAAUAAAUCCGGUGUUGAAAGCC